UUUCACUGUUUACAUGACGAGCAAAUGGUAAAACUCGGAACAUCGAUCAGAUGAAUAAUACCACGAUAUUCUCCUCAAUUAUUACUCUUUUGUUUAACCUUCUGGCCUCUUUCAUCCGAAGCAGAGUGAAUUGGUUUCAAUGAUACUCCCAGUCACCACUCUCAAUGAGGUACAAUAAACAACGAAGAUCGAGCACAUCCAGCUUUAGUUCCAUCUGUUCAGAGGCAACCGUGAAACCAAGAAUUGUAGUGUACAACAUAAUAUACUCUAUCAGCUGUCCCUUGACAGUGAUUCUCGGACCCGAAAAAUUUCGCACUAGGAUCUUGUUUUUCCGAUGGAGAGCAACUGGAGAAAAGUUGCCCCGCAGUUGUGGUUGACGUACUGUGUUAAUUGAAUGACUGCAAAUCGGAGUACUACAAUAUCCACUUUCACGUCACCACAAUAUAGCGCGUUACUUUUUUGAACAAAGAAGUUUCCCUGAAUGAGCCACUGCACGUGUUAUCACGUGUCUGUAUCACAGUUCACUGUGUUCACGUCGAAAAUUAAACGGAUCGUUAAAGCGGUCACGUGACCUGCAGACGUUCUACAUAACACUGUCCUCUUCCCUCUGCAGUGGACAAAGAACCAAGCGAUAUGUCAGUAACCAGUUGAUCCAUCUCCUGGUCAGCAUGGACUAUGGCUGCUUUGGCGGAUAAUAUUGACAGAUUGCGUGUGUUUGGUUACGGAUCACUGAUUUGGAAGCCGAAUUUCGUCUAUUCCAAACGAUCGGUCGGCUAUAUUGAGGGAUAUGUGCGUCGAUUCUUCCAGGGCGAUAUCUUCCAACGAGGAACGCUGGAAAAACCCGGACGUGUUGCGACGUUAGUUUCCACCAAAGAAGCCAACGCGCGCGUUUGGGGCUGCGUUUAUGAGGUAGUCGGUGCCGAAAACAUCAGGCUUGCAUUGGAUCAUCUGAUCGAGCGAGAAGUGGUCAACGGUGGGUACUGCUUCGACCGCACAUAUUUUCAUCCCGGACUCCCGGACUCCAGACGGACUAGUAUAUCAUCUUCGGACUCGGAUUAUAACAUUAUUCCUUCUAAUGGUAAUGAAGCGUACGAAGUGUUGUUUCACCUCAGCGAUCCUGAUGUGGCAAUGUAUUCGGGCGAUGCCACGCUUGAUGAUCAGGCCACUCAAAUCACAUCUGCCUUCGGAGUUUCUGGAGCCAACAGCGAAUAUGUAUUAUUGAUAGCCGCUUUCAUGCACUAUGAGGUCCCCAAAGAACAGGCUUUGAAAGAUGAUCCAUACAUAUUUCAACUGGAAGCCAAGGUUCGUGAAAAGCUAGCUCUUCCCCCGAUCCAUUUGAAACCAUCAGAAGCCAGAAAAACUGAGGAUGAAUUUACGGCAAGUGAUUUAAUACAACCAGACGAUCUGCAGAUUAAUGAGCGCCGCCGUUCUUCGGCCAGGGAAUUUGCCGAAUGUCUAUUGCGGCGAAAGAAAUUGUUUUUUCACAAAGUGCAUCGUGACUUACAUGCUGAGUUUUCCCUCCUCUUUCAUCAAGCACCAUCUAACUCUCAGCUCCCUAUUCACCAUACAAGUUAUUUAACGGCUGCUAUUACCAGUGGGAGGAGUGAGAGUUCAACCACAAUUCGGACUGAUCUUAUCAAUGCGUUCGGCCAUCCCGAUAAAACUUUCGUGACUUACGAGUCUGUGGAUAUUCGUCAAGAGGAUUUUUUGUGA